AUGCCGGAAAAAAUAAGAAUCAACUAUGACAAUGAAGAUAUUUAUGAAGGAGAAUUAGACAACGAAGACCGGCCACACGGCCGAGGCGUCUAUACUCAUCAUACGGAAGCAGGUGAGAUACAAGUAGGAGUAUAUGAUGGCGAAUGGCAAAAUGGUAAAAAGCAUGGCGAAGGAACACAUCAUUAUAGAAAUGGUGAUGUCUACAAAGGUUCAUGGCAAAAUGGUUUAAGACAUGGUCAUGGGACUUACACUUAUCAUAAAAAAACAGCAAAUCAAUCGGUUAAAUAUGUUGGUAAUUGGGAAAAUGAUCAGAAACAUGGCAAAGGUACGAUGACGUUUUCAAAUGGUGAUACCUAUGAAGGUGAUUGGAAGAAUAACAACAUGGAAUCGAAAAGGUCUAUUUAUACUUAUAAGGACAAUUCAAAAUAUGAAGGUGCAUGGAAAAAUGAUGAUAAGAAUGGCGAAGGCGUUUUGACCUAUAGCAACGGUGAUGUUUAUGAAGGACAAUUCAAAGACGGAAAAAGACAUGGCAAAGGAACGUAUAAGUUCUCUCAGGGCCAAUCAAAAGUAGGAUAUUAUGUAGACGAUAAACGUGUCGGUGGAAAACCCACGAGUUCUGAACAGGCCGCUACGACAACGACUUCAAAUGCAACUUAUUCAGAAAAUGACGCUCGUUCGGAUGGCGAACAUACAGAUGAUUAG